AUGUCUAUCAUCAUGGUUAAACAGCAGUCACCACCCUUCGUCGUGGAUCUGUUGCAUGGCUGGAACCCAUUUCAAUCAAGGAACUUCAUCAAGCUCUGUCGACCCGACAUCCGGCAGAUGGCGUCAACAUCCUUAGCUGGACCAGGCCAGAGCCUCAGAGGGGUGUUCACUGUUUUGGCAUGGCGGGCGAAGUCUCGCGCCCACCGCCAUAACGUAGAUUUCCAGGGCAGUGUCCAAGGGACGUAUGUAUCACUAUCGACGUCUGCGGCGACUUUUCCAGCGCUGACAUUGCGAAGAACGCAAGAGAUGACACUGCCCAAGCGGACCGUCAAUGGCGUGGCACAAGGAACAAAACGCAGGAGUGAUUCGAUCGAACCACCUCAGCGAAAGACCAAGUCAUUCAUGGAACCCGGCGAAUCGCGCGACUCGGCCUCGCGCUCUCCCUCUCGCAAUGCUUCUUACCAAACCGAUGAUGAAGAGCAAGGGGGCAACAGCGAGAACUCUCAGCACCACAACAUUUCUCAUCCCCAACACACACUGGGCAUCAAAACUUCAAACUACCCCGGUCACGCCCCAAACCACAUCAUGGACUCGACCAAUGAGGCUUUGGGCCAUUGUCUUAAGAUCCUCAGCGCAAGCACCAUCCCGCCGCGCCUCUUUGCGCCGGCCGUGGAGACAAUUCUCGAUGAUCUGAUACUCCCUAAAGUCCACCUGUCCGAGGCGGCAUCGAUCAAGCGGGCUUUCGUUGAUCUUGACGGCAUACUCCGUUCUCACGGCAUCAAUGGUGCAGGAGCUGAGAAAGUCGUGGACAUAUUGCGCGCUCAGACGAAGAAGGCCUUCGUGGACCUGACUAACGCGGCAAUGGACACUGAGCAUGACGAGACUGUCUCCAAAUCUAGGCAAGAAAUACACCAUCCUUCCGAGCAUGUCUCGCUGGAUCGGCACAGCGAUGCGCACGAUUACAUGAAGCAUGCCGCUCUUGGGAGCAAGAGUGGUCCUGCGGACGCUGUUACUACUGAAGCGGAGCUUCCAGGACGCGCGAGACACCUUGACGACGGCUCAAGGACUCCCGCGACAUCUUGGACUCGUUCAUCGCCCCACAGCCAGAGUGCGUCGCUUCGGUCUCGUUACUUCUUUUCGGGCCCGGGAACGGACAGAUGCGGACGGAAUGUGGACGGAACGCUAUUCGAGCAUCUCGAAGACGGUUCCGACAGUCCGACGCAAGGGAAAAAGCGAGACUGGUCUGAGCAGGAGGAAGAGAUUGUAUUGAAAGGCAUGCGGCUUCAGCGGCCUUCUGGGGCAAUCGCCAAGGACCUUGCAAAGAUCGGAGCCUCUCGUACUAUAUCUGCCGUCAACAACAAGCGUGCAGUCUUGCAGAAGAGACCCGCUCCGGAAGAGUGGGUGCGUGAAGCUCUCGGCGUCGAUGGCCGUAGAACGGCGAAGCAAAAUGCCUCCGCUCCUGCGAACAAAACUGCCAAGAAUACAGACAAGGUGUCAACGAAGGCCUCCAUUUCAUCUGACUCGUGGUUCGACGACCAUGUCUGCGACAUUGUGGCGGUCAAGUGGCACUGCUACCUGCCUUCAUCCGAUGAGCUUGAUCUUUACGUCUUUUACCUCCCGGUCGGCACUCCAGAGAUUCCGGUGGCGCCCGACUCAGCGGAAUCCAGGCUGGAGCUGGAACAGGCCUGCGUGGAAGCCUUCAAAGGCGGCGAACGCUCUUUUCAAAGCGUGACACAGCUGGCGGACAAUUUCUGGAUCGUCACGUGCAAAUCUCCGCGGUAUGGCCAUAGAGAGCUCAUGGAAUGCCCAGUUCUGUUCAGAGACUUUCGGUUCUUUCCUGAAUACCUGCCAUUGCAGCCACCCAAGACGUUUGCGGCCAAUGUCGAGCAGGAUGUCACCCAUCGGGAGCUCGUCCUCGUCACUUUCCAAAUUCAUUCCCAGGUUGACUUUGCCAUGCAAGUCGAUGCAGCCUCGUCCUCUCGCAAGAUCGUCGCCUACUUCGUGCAGUCACCUGGCUUGACGCGUUUCUACAUACGUCUCAGCGGCAGACAUGUCGGGCUUUGCUUCAAGCCUGUAGAAAUGCACGGAACGUGUUGGCUGUGCUCUGAAGAACAUGGGGAUCGGCGCACACAAUUGGGGCCGGUUUCGUGCCCGGAAGACCAAAAGGUAUGCAUGACUAUGUGA